AUGGAUCUAACGUCCAGAUCACAAGUUCAAGUCAUAGGUCCAGGUUCAGAAAUGAAAGAAGAUUUAAUAAAUUCCGCUUUGUUAUCAAUGAAUUGUAAUCAGCUACAAUUCAUAUCAUCGAAGCCAUCUACAUUUCGUCCAUCGAAUCAAUCACGUUCAUUCAUCUAUCAAUUACCCGAUAUUGUUGUACAACGAAAACGUCACCGUCGUUUACCCUAUGCCGAACAUUUCAAUGGUAUUCUAUUGUUUUCCGAUGUUAGUGGCUUUACUGAAAUGUGUCAGAAGUAUAGUACAAAUAUUGACAAAGGUGUUAAUCAAUUAGCAUCAUCAUUAAACGAAUAUUUAGCACCCAUAGUCGAAGCAAUAUUACGAGAAAAUGGUGAUAUUUACAAGUUUGCUGGUGAUGCUGUACUCGCAUUAUGGCCAUUUAAAAAUGAUACAAUUGAACAUAAACGUGAACAAGCCCAACAUGUUUUAUCGUGUGCAUUGCACAUGAAACGUAUGUAUUGUGAUUAUCCGACAUCGAUUGGUACCAUACUGAAUAUUAAGAGUGCCAUUGCAACGGGACCAUUUUCGAUGUUUUUUCUACGUGGUAUUACUCCACAAUGUGCACAAUUAUUAUCAGAAAAUCCAAAUACCACUAUUACAAAAUCAAGUAUAAGAAAUUUAAAUGUUUCAUCAAUAGCAGCAAGAAAUCAAUCAGCAUUUAUGGGAACACUAUCGAAUAAACAAUUGACUGAACAAUGUCGUUCAGCUCUCAUCAAUUACUAUGUAUGCUAUGGUGAUGGUGUAAAAAUGGUGAACAAAUGUCAAUAUCAAUGUGGUAGUCAGGAUAUUAUUAUGGAUGUAACAACAUGGGAUAUUCUCGAUGCUGCCUCCGAUUAUUAUUUUAAAAAAUUUAUUAUUCCAGUUGAAAUUGAUGAUGAUCAAUUUCAAGAUGAACAAAUUCAUGUGACACACUUCACUCCAUCACAUAAUGGUGAUGAGAUUACGCAUGGUUCUCUACUAAAUUCAACAACUGUUCAACAACACCGUCUGCCACCAUUGCCACUUCCAAUCAAAUCAACAAAUUUUGGUAUUAUGCAAAAGAGAACAAUGGUAGAAACCUACAUUCGAAUACAAGGCAAAAAAGAUGAAGAUGAUACUCAAUUAAUACGACCAACAGAUGUUGACUUAUCAAUUUUUCAUCAGACAGACGAUCGAUUAGAAGAGAUGAAUUCAUCUAUAAAACUAAUACAACAACAACGUAAUAUUCUUUCAUCGUCCUCAUUAAGCAAUCGAUCACCUCAACGACAGACACAACAGAAACGAGAUGAAUCAACAAAAACAUCUUUUAGCUUAAACUCAAAAUCUGCUAUAUUAUCCAGGCAUAUUGCUAAUCAUUAUGGUCGUGAAAGUACAACAUCGAAACGUUUGUACACCGAAGAACAAAUGAGAGCUUUGAGAUCAACAGCAUUCAUAGACUUAAAUCAUUUUGAUUCGUACGAUUUGAGUACAUUUAUAAUUAAACCUGUUAAAGAUCGUAUUUUAGAUCAAGACUCACUGGAUCAUCUAUCUGAAUUACGAUUAAUCAAUAUUGUUUUUAUACAAAUAUUAUUGGCCGAUAGUGAAAAAGCAUUACCAACUAAACUUCAAACAAUUGUCGAUUGUUCAACUGAACAAAUAUCAAUUACAAAUGGAAUUUUGACAAAAAUAUUUAUGUUUGAUAAAGGUUUAAGUUUAUUAUGUGCAUUUGGUUUACCAGGUUAUAAACAUCCGGAUGAUGCUGAAAGAGCAUUAAAAUUUGGAUUUUUACUUUCACAACGGUUAGGUACGUGA